AUGAACAACCCAGUUGACACCAGCCAGACAUGCGCACCUAAAAAGAAGCCAAGGCUUCCACCCGUCGACCAAACUCAAGCCCGGCGUUUCCUGCAGCUCCAAGCCUGGCCUGGCUCUGCAUCCCAUCUAUUUCGUCUAGAGCUGCCCGCCCAGCCCAGCCCUGCCUUUUCGCCUUCCGCUAGCUUUCGGAAACCCCAUGUCAUUGACCGUCGAAUCGCUGCGUCGCAGAAGCUGCUCGUCCAGAUCCAGGCAGGCUUCGGUGGCUGCUGCCUGAGCCCUGACUACCUUAGCUACAUACGGGUGACCCGACUUGCCUACAAACUCGAGUGCUUCAUGUCCAGCUUCUUCCAAGGAGGCAAGGAAAAAGCGGCCGGCGAUGGGUCCCCACGUCCCGCCACUCCAACCAAGAACAUCAACAACAGCUUCAUCAACCCACCAAGCACGCCUCAUGGCAGUCCAAGCAAGAAGACUGUUCCGCCCGGCGCACAUGACCUCCCGGCCGCCUUCGAGAGCGCCAUGUCGCUGGCUUCGACGGGCAUUGACGCGCCAGUAAGGCUCACACGCCCUCAGAGUGUCGUCACUCCGCUCUCGUCUGGCAACUCGAAUGCCCAGCCACUUGAUGAGUCUAGCAUCAACAUUGACGACAGCGUCAUCCACAAAGCAGCUCUGUCGGGCAGCCCCCUGAAGAAGCAAGGGCAGGAGAACACUCCUCCUGCAUCACGACUGGGACUGUCCGACUCCCCAGCUCAGCACAACCACGCGGCAAAGUCUCGUCAGCAGCUGUAUGAAGCCAAGGACCGCCCAAGGACCGCAUACAAGAAGUUCAAUACUGCCAGGGGCCUCACACCCGAGGAGCGAGAACUUCUGCAAAAGCCGGGAGUCAAGAGGCUCGUCAACGUCACCCAAUUAUAUUUCCUGGAUUAUUAUUUUGAUCUUCUUACCUAUGUAGGCUCAAGGCAAAACCGACUCGCUGCUUUCAAAUCCGAAUUCCCCCCCCCUCCCGAGACCGAAGAACAGAUGCAUAGCCAAAUGUGGACCAAAUACACAGGGCGAGAGCGAGCCAAUCUCCGGAAGCGGCGGGUGAGACUCCGCCAAGGCGAUUUUCAGAUUUUGACCCAAGUUGGUCAAGGUGGCUACGGCCAAGUAUUCCUCGCUCAGAAGAAGGAUACUCGUGAGGUUUGCGCCCUCAAGGUAAUGAGUAAAAAGUUGCUGUUCAAGCUGGACGAAGUUCGACACGUUCUCACAGAGAGAGAUAUCCUGACGACAGCUCAAAGCGAAUGGCUUGUCCGCCUGCUGUAUUCUUUCCAAGACGACAAGACGGGUGUUUUGGCACCGUCCAGGAUCGAGUCGAUGAGAAUCAAACUCGAGCAGGCAUCAGAGACGACUGUCCCUUUUGGCAAGCCCAUGGACCAGCGAACAGUAGCCGAGCGUCGUGAAAGUUACCGUAACAUGCGACAGAAUGACGUAAACUACGCAAAGUCGAUUGUGGGCUCGCCCGACUACAUGGCACCCGAGGUUCUCCGAGGAGAGGAAUAUGACUACACGGUGGACUACUGGAGCUUGGGUUGCAUGUUGUUCGAGUCUCUGACUGGCUUCCCGCCUUUUGCCGGGGCCACACCUGAUGAGACUUGGCGGAAUCUGAAGCAUUGGAAGGAGGUGUUGAAGCGACCGGUCUGGGAAAACCCCAAUUACUUCCUCAGCAACCGGACCUGGGACUUUAUCACAACCUGCAUAAACUCGCGUACCCGACGCUUUUCCAAUAUCCAAGACAUCUAUGACCAUCACUACUUUGCCGAAGUUGACUGGGAGACACUGCGUCAAACCAGAGCUCCGUUUGUUCCCGAGCUGGACUCGGAGACGGAUGCCGGUUAUUUUGACGACUUUAGCAACGAAGCAGACAUGGCCAAGUACAAGGAAGUGCAUGAAAAGCAGCAGGCGCUGGAGUCGAUGGCUGACCGUCAAGACGAAAUGAGCAAGAGCCUCUUUGUUGGAUUUACGUUCAGGCAUCGCAAGCCUGCCGCUGAGGAUGGAGGCAGUCCACGGAAGCGCAUCCCCUUGUCUGACAGUGAGACAUUUGGCACCAUGCUCUAG